AUGAAUCAAAAGCCACUGAAGAGUAUUCAUUUUCGAGUCGAGACGCAUAUCGAUUUAUCUUCCAAGGGCAAGAUAUCAUCUGUUGAGAGUAAUUCUUAGCGUUACGGUUCACCUAACAAAUUGCCUUCUCUUCAAAACAUUUGCAGAACUAUUUAAGGUGAGGAUGGAACGGUAAUGAAUGAAGAUGAGGAGAUCAUAGGUCUUUGCCAUGAGAUCCUUGAUGAGUAGGGCCAAUAAUGUGAGUAGCAAUCGGACUAGUAGGACAAAGUGGGUACUUGAAUUAAAUGAACGCAAAGAUCUUAAACAACUAGAACAAUGGACAGAUGUACAUAAGCAUUAUUAUGUAGCUAAUGGUUCAAUAAUUAUAAUUACAAUAGUACAGCAACAUUAGGGAUUUCUAUGAAAAAAUGGAGUUGGUCUACACUGGUUCCAUUACUUAGUUAGGUUAGUAACUGGCUGUUAAGUGCAUUGAUUAUUAGACUAUCCUGAAUAAAAUAUGGUCAUCAUUUACACACGCAGUAAAGGAGAUAAUUGAAAAGCAAUCUGAAACCUUCAGAAAAUUGGAGAAAGAUUGUCUCUCAGAAACUGUGAAAUUGCAUUAGAUGUACCAAAAAACCUUGAAUGACAAAGGCACCAAAUUGCAGGACGCUGAAAGAUAUUUGAAAUAGAAUUCUGAUUAAAACGACAAAAUGAUUAAAGAAGGUAGAUACUUGAGAAAAAAAUGCUAAAAAUUAGAGUAAGAACUACUAAACCUAAGAAGAGAGUGUGAUUUCUUUAAAUUGCAGAAUUCUGAUCUGAUCAGGGAAAUAGAUGCAAUGAAAGUCUUCAUUAAUCAUCAAGUCGAUCCUUCCAUCUACAUUCAUCAAAAUCUUGUGAAUGCAUAACAAAUCGAAGAAAAGUUCGCGGAUGAAUUAUAACAUGCCAAAAAGGAGAUGUUUGAAGACUUUAAACAUCAAUUCGAAUAAAGAACUAUGAUAUAUGAAGAAAUGUAUUAAAAAAAAUUAGAUGAUUUAGAAAGGAGAGAGAUUUUAAAUUAAAAUUAGGAAGAUGAAUAAAUACUUCAGGAUUAUUAAUAAACCAUAUUCAAGGAUGAAUGUGUUGGCAAUUCAAUCACUUACAAAACUCAAGAAACUGACACCUCCGACUUACUUCACUUCUCAGAUGCAUCAGUCCAGACUAUUUAAUUCAAGAAAAAAGUAUAUGAUUGGAGUACUCAAACACCUCCUAUUGUUACAUUCAAUCAAUCUGUUGAAGCCAACUUUUCAAUGAUCAAGAGGGAAUGCAUCCCCAGAAACAAAGAAGAAUAGACCUAUUUGGAAAUGUCCAGAUAUCCUAUUCAAGUCUUUAUCGAUGACUAUCAUGAAAUCACAAUUACUUAUAAUAAAAAUACGUUUAACUAGGACUUAAAUGAUUUAGUGGAUCAACUGGGUUAGAGAUCAAGGUAGUUGUUUAACAUUUUGACAAUGAAGGAGGAAUUCCAUUUAGAUGAUUUCUAAUGCGUGAGUUAGUAUGUCAUCAAUAGUUAUAAUGUGUUCAUUAAUCUGAUUCAACAUUUGGAGGCUCUAAUUAUUGAAAACAAGUCCAGUCUAGUAGAGAACAAGAUAUGUCUCUAUGAAACAUAGAUUGAUUCGAAGUAGGCAUAUCGUAAAUAGAAUUAUGCUGAAAAAAAGUUGGAUCUGUUGAUAGGCAAACAUCAAUUGACAUUAAAAUAGGUUUCAUUCCUCCAAAAACAAAUUGUAAGAAUCCACAAAUAUUUGCCUCAUUUUCAAAUAGAAACCAUCAAAAGACAAGCAAUUAAAAAGAAAAUAUUCUUGGAGUUUCCUAAAGUUCAAUCGCCUGGUCCCAAUCUACUGCCUCCUGAAAAAUCGAAUACAAUCUUCUUUUCUUCUUAACCUUAAUUGUUGAUCCCUCCACAAAUCAAUCAAUCUACCAGUUCGUAGAUUCAGAAGUCUGCCUUAGAUAUAGCAUAAAGUGAAUCAACAGAACCACAAUAACUGAGAAGAGACUAGUCAGUUGACCUAUCGAGAGAACCCAGAGAGACUCCACCCAUAAGUCCAAUGAAGAAGCACCAUCCAGUCUAAAUAUGUAAGAGAGUAAAUUAAUUUUAGUCUUCUAAGAUUCAUUGGUUCCACCUGAUGAUUCCUCUUCGGAUGAUGAGUAGGAGGUGGACAUCGAGGCUCAAUUGUCGCCCAUCAAAAAUCUGUUGUCCAUAGAGAAGAAACUAUUCGUGAGCAAAUGUCCAUCCAAAAACACACAAACAGCAACUCAACUGCUAUUGCAAGAGAUACAAUAAUUUCGAAGAGACAGAAUUGACAAUAUUGUCACACGACAAACUCUAUAAAAAUAUUUGUCCAGUUUUGUGUGUUGGUGUGUCAAAUAUGGAAAGUACAAUUAUCCCCUACAUAUACAACUCUAUGAAUUUUAUUAAAUAGAGAAUUUCCAAUAGCCUCCUCAAGUUUGGUUGCAAAAGUAUUAGAGAAUAAUUAAGAGCAUCAUCUACUACAAGAAAAAGACAAGUUACGCUAAACUAUUCCAUUGGAUGUUGAUUGGAGAUCAGAGUUUUAACAUCUAUUUGAGUAUUCUGAACAGCAUUCAAAACAAAGAAUUCACUGAAAAUGGUAUUUUUGUCCAAUAAUCACAACUUUCUGAAGCAAUCGGACAAUAUGUAAAGAAUACUAUUCCAAAAUACGUUCAACUGGUUGAUUAUGAUCAAGAGAUACAACCCUAUAUGCAAGGGAUGCAGGAUUUCAGAACUAAGGAGAUCACUCAAAAAUAUUAGUUAAUUUUGACUUUGUUUGAUUAGGAACGAUUCACAUAGCUCUAAUUCAGACUUUUGUUAUUGGAACUGGACUCAUAGAGGACUGAAUAACAGAUAAUUAAUUUGUUCAUGAAUGAAUGUGAUUUGGAAUAGAAUAGUGUUUAGUACAUGUCGCAUAAGAGAUUCUCACAGAUUUGUGAGGAACAUAAUUUAUUAGCUAAUAUGAGUGAAUAUUUGCAGAAGAAUAAUGCUUAAUAUUUCAACGAUAUCAAGUUGUGGAAGAUACGUGAGAUCGAGUUGAAAUUGAUGUUGAUCAGAUCCUAGAAAUAUGAUUCGACUGAGAGAGAAGGGUUUUACCGGAUGAAUGAGUUGACUUCAAAUGAGCAGAGGAUAUUGUUGGGGAGAUUCCUGGAGAGAAGAGCCAAAGAACUGUUAUUGGAGUAAUAUGCAUUUGAAUGUCUGCCUUAGUACAUGUAGAUCAUACUAAAUUCUUAAUGA